AUGGAAAAUCCUAAAAUGCAAUCAGCACGUUUACAAUCGUAUAUUCGCAUUACGGAGGCCGUUCAUAAGUAUAUACGUUACCCAUUCAAUCCUACUCAAGCUGGUGAAUCGGCAUCACAAAAUGAAACUCAUGAACAGAGAAUAAGUCAUACUACCAUAGAAGAACGAAAUCGUCGAUGUAAUUUUUCUGUGAUUCAACAACUGCCUACUAUUCAUACUAUUGUUCCUAUGCCAUCUGUAAUACGCGAACCUGCUAAACAUCUCAUUGAAUUGUUACGCAAUAAAUGGGAAUUGCCUCCACCUGAAUUAAUAAUUUCAGUCACAGGUGGUGCAAAAAUCUUUAAUUUACCACAAAGAAGUCGCAUUGCUCUUCAAAAGGGUCUUGUCUCAGCUGCUGUGACGACUGAUGCUUGGGUGUUCACUGGAGGAACGUAUGCUGGAGUUAUGAAGGAUGUCGGUGAUGCAUUCGAAAAAUGGACAUAUAAAACUAGUAGUGUGGAUAGAGGUCAUGUUCAAGUUCCUGUUAUUGGGAUUGCAAGUUGGUAUUAUGCAACAAAUUAUAGACAACUCAUUCAACGACGAAGUGUGAAACUGAGCAGUGUAGGAAGUGCAAUGCCAACAGCGACAUUUAGCACAGUAGCCGAUCGUGAAAAAUUGUAUCGCAAUUGUGUGCCACAAGAGAAGCCAGCAUCAUAUCCUCUUGAUCCAAAUCAUACUCAUUUUAUUCUACUUGACGAUAAAUGUGGUCCGAAUGAUGAAACCUGGAGACGAUAUGGAUAUCCAGUUCGAGCCGACCUCACUAUUCAGUUGCGUGCUGAAAUUGAACAGGAAGCUCGUUGUAGCUCUCAUUAUAGACAUAAUUAUAAGAUUCCCAUAAUUCAAAUAUUAAUCGAAGGUGGUCCUUCAUCCCUUCUAACAGUGGUUGAAGCAGGUACUGGCAGAGCGGCUAAUUUUAUUGCAAAAGCAUACAAAGCAUUAUAUGAAAAUCAAACAUCAUAUUUUUCACCGUCGAACAAUAAUGCCAAUUUAGAACGAGUAAUAAAAGAAGAUGGUAAGGACAUCAUCACUGGAAGUAAUGAGAAGCGUUUUCAUGACAUGAUAAGAUCAGAAAAAGGCUUCUUCUUAAUCAAUACUUUUUUACUAUGUCCUGACGAUCCAGAAUUUAAAUUGAGUGAUGCCAUACUUCAAGCAUUACUUCGAGGCAAUGUCGAUAUCUAUGGUACUAUUGAGAAUCCUCUAGAACGGACGACUAAACUAAACGGACUUGUUGUCUUCAAUGGAGACGAUGUUAUCAGACAAAAUGGUUAUAUAAAACAAGUUUCUAUUGUUUUUUCAAAUUUUCACAAUCCAUCAGUGACAACGGGCACGUCAGAUCAUGUAGUUCUUUAUAUUAUUUCGCCAACAUCCGAUACACAUUGUUUUCAAGUAGUCGAUGUAUUAAAGACAGACGCUCAUGAUUAUCAAUAUGAUAACAAUAAACUAGCAAUUCAUACGUACAAAUAUGCUGUCUAUGUCGAGCAAGGUCAAUAUUUGGCUAUUGGCUUUGAUAAGAAUUCGCGUUCUCCAAGUUAUUUGAGUGGUCUGAGUUCGUGUUAUACACUUGACAUUGAUGCAGUUAAUCGAGUCUAUAUGAACAAAACUUCCAUUAGAUUUCAAUGGGGUCGUGAACGAGUAGCAAUUAGUUUUCAAAUAAUUUUAACUUCAGGUAGGAUUAUACUCUUUCAUAAUAAAUAA